CUAGAAACUGCACAGUUCACUUCACCUACAUAUAUCUAUCUGCUGUGUGUACAGUCCUAUAUGUCGAGCCGAGCCCUGCAGCCCUUCCUUCUCGAUCGAGACAACCGAGACAUAGAUGCCCACACGCACGCCUACCUAUAUAUCCCUUGCCGACCGCCCUAACAAUAAGCAGCCUCCUCUGGCUGCUUGCUGCCUUCCUCGUCACCAUUAGCCCCCUUCCCACCCCCACGGCUCAAAGGGCCUUCCGACCAGAGUCAUUGUGCAGCAACUCGACACUACUACAAUAGUCGCCAACCUUCGCACGUGGUGGCAGAAGUACCAACCUCGGCUGCCUCGUCUACUAAUCUGCUAAAACCCGCACGAGCCUACUGUUCGCCCAGUCCAGUGGCAAACCCUUUCUCUCGGUAGCUGGGUGUCACCGUCGCAACGCCGUCACGUCAAUCGCCGUUGGGCUAUAUGCGAUAGUGGAAAGAGGCCCGUUGCUAGCCUUACCAGCCAGCCCAGCCUGGCAGCUGUCCCCGUUAAUCCCGUCCCCGCCCGCGCAGCUCUUGCCGCCUGUCUCCGCUGCCGCCUCGCUCCCGUCCUCCCUCAGCACCGGCCCAGCUAGCUACCUAGGUAGUCCUUGGCCUUUCGACGCUUGCUCACUCACUCACUCACUCACUCGGUGACACAUCCACGUUGUUUUUGUCCAACCAUUCUCAGCUGGAGCCCAGUGGUCGGGCUGGUCGUACUGCCGGCUGGAGGGCGUCCGUACCGCCUCGAGUUACGCAGCAAUCAGAAGCAAAAGAGAGGCAGAGGGACAAGGAGAGGGAGAAGGAGAGAAAAAAAAAAGAGACAAGCCUCUGGCGGCUGUGUAGCUCCAGCUCUUGCAUGAGCUCUCCCCACCCAGUUCGCUGCUGCUCGACCACGCCCCGUCGCAUGUAUUAAAACCGCCCAGGUCGCCCCCCUUGCUGCGUCCAGAGGCUGGCCACUGUCUGACCCGUUCGCCCAUCGCAUCACCACGCCUGCGCGCACGCCCGCCCGCCCGUCAGCUGCCCCACCACAUCGGCCUGGAGCGACCUUAACCUCCUUCCUUCGGCCGUCGAUCCUGCGAACGCCUCAACCCCACACGCCAAAAAAGGCUGUUGCUGCUGCUGCUGCUGCUGCUAGGCCCCGAGGCUCAGGCCGAGCCAACGGCCACUCGGUUUCUUCCCUUUCCCCCUUGGACCUCCCCCCUUGGACCUUGGAAAUCCAUCUCGACCCAACUUUCCAUUUUGCCCGCUUAAACUCGCUCCUCCCGCAACCGUUGCAUGGCUGGAAUGGCAAUUGCUUGCCCCGACGGCUGGUCAAAGCUCGCUUCAUCAACCCAUCAUGGCGCCCGGAACUACCAGUAGUAAUCAGCGGAACGGCCCUCCAUCCCCGGCGCCUACCGCCAACUCUACCACCUCCAACGACCCGCCACGGCAGAGACGCGCAAGGACAAGCAAGCCCAAGGUCAAGACGGGCUGCAACAACUGCAAACAGCGGAGGAUCAAAUGUGACGAGAAACGGCCAGCCUGCACGCAGUGCGUGCGCUCCAAAAAGGAAUGCUCUGGUUACCCGCCACCUCCCCGGAGUGCGCGCCCCUUCGAGGAGGUGCGCAUUGCUCCCAGACCGCGCCCUGGCGGCGGACACGACGCUGCUCUGGCCGCCGCGCCCGCAGUCAAACCCCUCCAGCCCGUGCAGUCCGCACAGCCCACACAGUCCGCACAGCUCCCUCCACGGCGUCUCUCCAAAUACUACCACCGAUAUACGCCCCCGCAGACACCAGUUGUCCAGCAGAAUUCAAUGACCCUCUACCGGCCCUCCACCUGCCCCGUCCCUGAGCAGGACGGCCUCUACUUCCAGUUAUUCCAGGCUCACACUGCCAAUGAACUGUCCGGUUAUUUUGAUUCAACCUUUUGGUCGCGCCUUGUUCUGCAGGAGUGUCAUUCUGAAGCCGCUGUGCGUCAUGCCGUCGUGGCGCUGGGCGCCCUUUACAAGACUUUAGACAAGCACUGUGAAUCCCCCCCAAGCUCCCCGGCAGCGGCAGUCGUUGUAGUCGACACCGCCUGGCAGCACUGGGAGGUGGCUGUGCGGUCCUACUCCAAUGCUUGUACCUCACUUGUCAGCGUCGCUGGGCAGGACAGCAGGGCCAAUAGGACGCGCCUCAUGGCUAGUGUCUUGCUGGCAUGCUUCGACUCCUUCAUAGGAGACCACAAGCAGGCCAUCAAGCAGAUCCAGACUGGUCUGGGUCUUUUGGAGCAAUUGCGCGCCCAAAGACGGCGUGCGUUCAUGUCAAAACCAGAGGAGCCGGUCGAAGACGAGAUCAUCCAAAUGUUCACCCGGCUGGCCAUUCAGGCAAAAUCCUACGACAUGGCCUUCCACUUUCCGAAACCCUAUGUCAUCCAGCUGAUCCAGACCGCUGCCGACCCAUCUUCGCCCUCAUCAGAGGUGGGAUCGCCUCUGUCUUUGCAUCAAGACCCUAUCCCCGACCAAUUUGACUCCCUUCAUGAGGCACGGAUCGCAUGGGACACGCUGUGUGAGCAGAUGUUCAGGUUUACCGAGAGACUUUUUGCCCAGGCCAGCCAGGACGGCCCAAUGGGCGUCCUCCCUGCAACCCUACGGCAGUACGGCCUGUCGUUUAGGGGCCGGAUAGAGUCAUGGGCGGACGCUUUUGAGCACAUCCUGACCUCGAGGUUUUCACCUGGUGUGACCAGUCAGGAGAAAGCGGCCAUCGCCGUCCUCAAAAUGUUCCAGAUCAUGGGGCAGAUACUCUUCCUCAUGACAUUCAGUGAUAGUGAGCAGCACUUUGAUGUCUUCCAACCCCAAUUCAAGACCAUAGUCGAUCUUGGCCUGGAAGUCGUGGGCGAUCAGGAGCGACGGGCAGCGGAGAAGAGGUGCCCCGAUCCUCGGACAUGCCACCAUCACAAUGAUCAGGAGCCAGACAUCUUUGGUGGGCAGACCUACAUGGCCAACCACAUCAAACCGAGCUUUAGUGCUGAUCUGGGCAUUGUCCCGCCUCUCUACGUCGUGGCCACCAAGUGUCGCAACCCUAUCCUUAGAAGACAGGCCAUCCAGCUGCUGCGGAGCAGCUCCAGGAGGGAAGGCAUGUGGGACAGCGAGCUCACGGCGCGGAUUGGCACGUGGAUCAUGGACAUUGAGGAGGAGGACGACCAGCCUUCAGCCCUGACGCCGGGCCGGAGCCCGGCGGGGUCGUUUUCGGACACGGGCGGGCUCUCCCCGCAGUCCGUAAGCGCGAACGGCAACGGCAUGUCACCAAGGCCGCGCCACGUGCCCAACGGCUCGCCCGAGAUGGGCGACAACCUCGGGCCUGGCGGGAAUGCCCGCUGGGACAUGCGGCGCGAGUCGACGGCGAGCAGCCUCGGCGCUAUGGCGCAGAAAACCGUCCCCGAGUCUAAACGGGUCAUGGUCAAGGCGGUCGAGUUUGACCUCAAGAGGCACAGCGCCGUUUUGCAGUGCGGCAGCAGGAGUACUGCCGCCGGGAGCCCUGACCUCAAGACCCGCGUGACUAAAAUUGACUGGUGAGGGACUGGACUCCCGGACCAUGGUUGCGUCUUAACUGCCCCCCUUCCACCCCCCAAACCUUCCUGGUAUCUGGAAAGGAAAGAGUUCAUGCGCGGGAAUAUGUGCGUGUGUCUAUUGACGUUUUAAGAUGGUUUUCUCUAUUUUGCAUCUGAAUAUACCCCCAAAUGGAAAAGCGGAGAAUUGAUUUCUCCGCGUACUUGUUCUGCUGGCGACGGAAAAUCUGGAUCGGGAAUAGCGAUUUUUUGGUACAAGGGGACACAAAGAACUUGAGAAAGAACUCACAUACUGCAUCUAUGGGAAGGAGGAGCUCGCCAUGUUCAGUUGAGAAGAAUAUUUCAUUGGAUGAUCAAGUAUGGCGUGGAGUUGUCGACCUCAGCGUCGUGCACACAGGCUGUGGUGCCUGAGGGUUAAGACGGAGAGAAUCGAAGCCAGCGCAUCGCUGCUGAUAUGGUGGUAUUAUAACCUGGUACUAAUAGCAUAGCGUAUUGUUGAUUGAUGAGCCACGGUAUCAGUUGCGUUCAUACCCAAUGCCAAUGAGACUUGCGAGUCCUCUGUGAGCAGAAUACCAGCCCACGUGCAGGAACGCCUCUGAUGUUGUUAGCACACGGGACAAGAAACCCCAGCAACCUGGACUCCCACACCACACACGCCCCGGGCACAAUGACGG